AUGAUUCCUUGGCCCAGGUCUAUAAGAUUAUACCAUGUUCCGGCUGCGAUAUUCAAAAUUCCAAGGGCCCCCCCUGACAAAAUUCUGGGUCUCACUGAGCGGUUUAAUCAGGAUUGUCAUCCGAGGAAAUGCAACUUAACGGUGGGAAUAUAUAAGGACAAUUGGGGCCAGGUAACUACUUUUCCAAGCGUAGCUCGUGCACAAAACAUUCUGGAUGAAAACGUGGAGCUCAAUACCGACCUGUCAUAUCUGCCCAUCACGGGGUGUCCGGAGUUUCAAGCGAACGUGCUGAGCUUCUUGUUCCGUGAAUCUUGCCCACAAGGGUCUUUGUAUUUGGACCAAAACCGUGUUAGCUUUGUCCAAACGCUUUCAGGCACGGGUGCCCUGGCAGUGACAUCAAAGUUGUUGUCGCUAUUCGUGUCCAAGACGGUAUGGGUUCCUGAUCCGUCGUGGGCCAACCAUACAAACGUAUUCCAAAAUAAUGGUUUCAAAGACAUCAAGUACUAUACUUAUUUCAAGAACGGUCAACUGGACGUAAGUCAAUGGCUGGACGACCUGAAAUCUUCUUACAGUGACAAUUUAUACAACCCUCAAUGCAUUGUGCUUCACGCGUGCUGUCAUAAUCCUACUGGCGUCGAUCCGAGAAGAGAACAAUGGAUCGAAAUUCUGGACACUAUUCAUGACCUUAAACUCAUUCCUAUCAUAGACAUGGCAUAUCAGGGCUUGGAAUCCGGAAAUAUUUAUGAAGACGCGUAUCUUUUGCGGAUGAGCUUAGAUUCAUCUCGUUAUCAGUGGCCCAAUGGAUUGUUCUUGUGCCAAUCUUUUGCUAAAAACAUGGGUCUGUAUGGUGAAAGAGUUGGGUCCUUAUCAGUGGUAACACCCCCAGAUCCAGAGUUGAAAUUGAAUGUGGAUUCUCAGCUCAAGAAGGUCGUGCGAGGUUUAUACUCUUCUCCGCCGGGGUAUGGCUCUCGGGUUGCAAACUUGGUGUUAUCUACUCCACAACUUAAGAAGCAAUGGUUUGCUGAUGUCGAACACAUGGCAGCAAGAUUGAGACAUGUCAAAUCUGAGAUGUAUGAUAGACUCGGCUGGCAGUCUCUGCGAGACAGUUCUCUUCAACAUGGUAUGUUUUACUACACGGGCUUGACUCCCUCUCAAGUCGAUCUUCUGCGAGAGAGCUUCUCCAUUUAUUUAACGCAAGAUGGACGCCUAUCACUAAGUGGGGUUAAUGACUCCAAUGUUGACUACAUCUGCGAAGCCCUUCAAAAAGUAACCACUCAACAAACUUGA